GAUCGGGAGACUUUCUCCGGACAAGGCGAUUUGGGCUCAUUUAAGUCCCAUUUUUUUGUCACUCGAUCGGGAGAAAUUAUCCCGAAAAGGAGUGUAAAAUAGUCCAUUUUGAUGGUACAUAUAAUAUACGGUACCUGCGCACGUAAUUCGACCUUUUCGCGGUACCAAACUUUUUGCCAUCGGCAGCCAUGACAUCCGAGAACAUCUUUCACGCGGUUCAUGAUGAUGUUGGUGUUGCAGAUCACCAAUAUGCUACUGAACUUGAUCCAAAAUCCCUGGACCUCAUAGACAUUGGGUCAGAGGUUAUUACUGGAGAAAUCUCACCACAGGCUGUGAUAAUUGAAGAACAGGUGACCAGUCCAAGGCAUCACCAAGGGGCUAUAUCCGAAGACAGGAUAUCGGACAAGCUUGCCAGACAAAAAUCUUUUUCAAAAAGGAUGAAGACUUUCAAGAAACAGGCCAUGCUUCUGCACACAAAGUGUGGUGCGAGUGUGCGCUGGGAAGUGAUCUCUGAAUCAGGGAGAAUCAUUUCAGGAACUCAUCCCAUGCGCACAUCUCGCACCGUUGGGUUGCAAGCAGGCCAGACUGCCGAGGAAACACCCUCGAAGUCCAAAAGUGUUGGGUCCCCAAAGAGGGCAAGGCCUGCACUCAUGACGAGGCCGGAUAGUCAGCUAUUGCAAAUAAACAAUUUGCCUGGAAAAAAACGCUCAAGUUCAAUUGUGUCCAAUGGUCAGAGCAAAGUCACCAACAAGUGCUCUGUUUGUAGUAUAAUUUUUAACUCUCCAAAGGAUAGAGCCUUUAAAAAGGCUCACAAGUUACAGGGACAAUGGCUGGGAUGUGAGGAGGAGGGGUGUGGGUUUUGGGGUCAUGCCAGAUGUGCUGGGGUUUUUAUUCCAUCAAGAAAAAGCAUCCCAGAAAUUAAGUUCCAUAACAAACAUCCUUGAUGGAAUAAAAAACCCAGCUCAUCUGUGCUGUAGUUAAAUCAGCCAGAUUCUUGUUGUAAUUUGUGUUUCUUUGUUAAUUAAUCAAUUAUUUAUCAAUUUAUUAAUUAAGUUUUAAAUUUAUUUAUUUAGUUAGUUUUAACCUAUUUAUUUUAGCACAAUUGCAUUUUUAGCCUAAGGCUUAUUGAGACACUCUUAAGUCUGUUUCCGGGGUAGAACCAGUACUUGUUGUCUAUUGAGGAUUUAUUUAUUUAAAUCAGUUAUUUUGUUAGUUAAAUUAUUAUUCUUACCCAAAAUUAAAACAAAUGUAACAGACAAUGAACUCCAUAUUUAUGAACAUGACAAUUUUUCUUUAAAUGAUUUAUGAUGUAAGAUUUUUAUAGAAAUGUUGCAAAAUUUAUUUUUGUUUUAACAUGAUUGACAGAGAAUUAAUUGCUUAAGCUAAGAAAUCACUGUAUUUUUAUUACUUUCUUUGUUAUUAUCCUAAUGUUAUAUCAAAAAGGAAUUGCAAUAAAAAGAUUACAUAUAACAUUUUUCUGUGUCUGUGUAUUUUAACAUUAUGCAGGUUUAUACAAAUGUAAAACUACAAUCAUAAAGGCGAAUACCCUUUGUUACUCAUCUGUUGCACAACACAAUUAGUCCUCUGCACUUAACUAAUGUUUCUUGUCAACAUGUAAAACACCGAAACUAAUAUAAUGCUUCAAAGUAAACAUUACAUCAAAGUGAAAGUGUCACUUCUUCAAGUCUAAAACUAGUCGAGAGCAGCAGUGUCUUCCAGAACUGUAUAAUAAAAUACUAUGUAAUCCGUUUUAGUUUUCAGUUUCACUGUUUUGUUGAACACCUCUUCCAUUAACUUUUUUUUAUUGUCAGGCAUUUUUUCGAGCAACAUAAAUAUUUUUUUACGAAUAUUUUCCUUAGAGAGGUUUUCCACCUGCAUGGAGUUUUUGGCUUCCUCUUCUGUAACGUAAACCACUGGCAGUUUGGUCUGUUCCCCAGACAAGAAACAGUUGUGAUACUGUGAUCUCAUUUCCUCUGCUUCUGCUGUUAUGUUACUGAGGUGUGUGGAUAAUAGCUUGUUUCCACACAUGCUAAUGUGUGGGACCUCAACUGUUGGUUGUGCCAGAUAUUCUCUGAACAAGGCACGAACAGGGAUAACCUCGGCCAUGUCAAUGGUGGUUUCAUCGUUGCUUUUAAAGGUUGUUUCUGAAUUUGGACAAAGUAAAUUAUUUUUUAUUGUACUCAAGGCAUCUAGGUUCCUAAAAACCUUAACCCAUUCAUCCUCCGUAGGGACACCAACAGGAGAAACCCAACAUUUGGCUUCUUUAUUAAUUUCUUCCAGACAAGCAUCACCACCUUGGUAAUGACCUACAUUGUUUUUUCGACUCAAAGUGAAUGAAUUGAACAUUAUCUCUUUCAAUGAUAAAGGCAUCAUGUUCUCAAUAUACGCAUUCAUUGCCAUAAUGCGCUGAUAGCGAGGAUGGUGUCUGCAAUAAAAUAACAGAGACAUUCUCUGUCGCCCAGCUAGUAUGAGAUUUGUGUUGGCUUUUCUACAUCCUACUCUAAAAACCAUAAUAGAAUGCAAAAAUGUGAAAGCAAUCUGUUGACAAUAUAUGUAACAAGGAUUUCUUACAUGUUCACUGCUCCACAACCAGUAGUUUUCUACCGUGUGAUCAAUGUUUCUUUCCCUACAGUGUAACAUGAACGGAAAUAGCAGCUCAUCAACUAGAGCAAUGUACAAUAUUUCAAGAAUUUUGAAUGUUUUAUGAUGGUCAGUACAUUUUUUUGCACAUUCAAGUGCUUUUGGUGUUUUAAAACCUAAUUCAAAACAUACAUUUUCUAGAAACACUUCCCAAUUCAGUUCAAAAAAUGCUUUACAUGCAUUUAUUUCUAUGUGUAAAAGACCUGGCAUUGGAAUGACCCAGCCAAACUCACGAGAAUUUGGAAGAGAGUUAUAUAAAAUGCUGCAUGUAUGGUCUGCAAAAGCUACCAUGCCAUAAAAUGCUUCAUUGCAUCUGGAGCAAGAAAAUACAUUGAACAAUAGUUUUUCAACAAUAGAAUAAAUCCCCCCAUCACAUUCUAAAAACAGCCAUUUUCUGUCUCCAUUCCCCAUAAUGCCAGACCUAGCACCCAAGUUGUAUAAGAUUUGUGAAAUGUUUUCAAAACUUGAGGGAUUGAGAAGAUCUGGCUCACCAGUUUUUACCGCAAAUGCAUUUUCAUUUAUCUCUUCGUGUCUGAAAUGGUAAUAUGGGUUAAAAGAGUGUUUGUAUUUUUCGAAAUUUACAGUCCCUGAUGCUAGCAACCCCCCACAAUUAGUGCACUUUCUACUAUUUUUUUCAUUUUCUCCUCCGCAUUCAAUACAUAUCUUUUCGGAUACACUUUGCUCUUUCUCAAGUAUAAAACUACUUACUUCAUCCAAGUUACCUUCAUUUUGUGUAAGCCUAUGACUUAUUAAGUCAUUCCUUGCCUGUCUGAAUUUGUCCUUGUAUAACUCAAGGUCAUUUGUCAAAAAAGACUCUUUUUGAACACCACUUGGUUUUUCAAACAACCACUUGUUUGGUGCAAGAUUUUCAUUACUUUGCAGUGUACUGUUUUCAUCAAGAACAAUGUACAUGUGACUUGUAACAACACUUAUUGGAAUUUUACUGUCUGCUUUGAUUUUGUAUGAUUUUCCAACAACCUGUUCAUUAUCAAAAACACAUCGUACAAGCCCUUCUGGAAAGGAGAUGGGUGAUGAUGCCUGUUGAAGAAUCCAUCGUGCUAUGGUUUUGUCACAUCCAGCUGGAGACACUUUUGAAUUGUAGUUAACAAGUUGUUUGUUCCUAGAUAUAGCAAACGUGAGUAGAUUUUCUUGAAAUGACAGAGGUAGAACAAUAUUUUUGUUCCUACAGCUAUAUAUGAUUUCAAUGACCUUGGCAAUUUGAAGACUAUCAGCUUGCUCUGAACAACUAUU